AUGAAACAAUUACCUUCGAAAUCAAAUGCUCCAGCCUCAAAUAUCACAUCUAUUGUAUCAACAUUAAUCAUGAAACCAGGAAUUUAUAAUCAAAAUCAUUUAAACUCUGCUGGAUUUAAAUAUACUGGUAAUGGAGAUACAGCUCGCUGUAAAGACUGUGGACUUGAAGUAUCGAACUGGAAGGCAACAAUGCAUCCAUAUACUAUUCAUUCACAACAGAAACCUGAAUGCCCCUUCAUUCUUUCUCUUAAACAACCUCUAAUUCCAAAUAAAGCUUCAACUUCAUUAACAACUACUACUAUUCGAAGCAUACCAAUAAAAACUGAACCAGAAAAUCCAUCAAAACGUAAAAAAGAUGAACUAGAAAAUCCAUCAAAACGUCAAAAAACUGAACCAAUCAAUUCAGAAGGUUUAUUAAAUACAUUACUCGAAACUAAUCUACUGAAACAAGUAAGACGAAGAACUUUUUCUCAUUGGCCACAUCGUACAAUUCCAUCAACAGCACAAAUGAUAGAAUCUGGUUUUUUCAACUGCAAUGUAGGUGAUCGAGUAAUAUGUAUUUAUUGUAAUUUGAUAUGUCAGCAAUGGACACCACAUACUGAUGAUCCAUGUGAAGUACAUAAAACUCUUUCACCCAACUGUAUAUACGUUACAGCUAAAUUAAUUCGUCCUGCAGCUGCAUCUAUAAUAAUUGUUAAUGAAAAUUCAUCAGCAUCAACUAGUCUCGAUUCAUUAAGAUCUAAUGAGAUUGUAUUUAGAACUGCAUGUAAUCCUGCAUAUACUGAAAUACCAAAACGUCAUGAAUCAUUUGGUCUCUGGCCAAAUGAGAAUUCACCAUCUGUCGAUGAUUUAGUUCGAGCAGGAUUUUUUUAUACAGGCACUAAAACUAUUGUGACUUGCUUUUAUUGCAAUGGAUCAUUACAAAAUUGGGGACCAAAUGACAAUCCAAUGAUUGAACAUGCUCGAUGUUUGUCACACUGUGCAUAUGCAAAACAACUUUGUGGUGAUGAUUUAUAUCGAAAAAUUCAAGAAUCAAAACGAGCACAACAAGAAUGCGCUAGUACAACAGGCAACGGACAGUUACCAAUAUCUGAUGAAAGUACUCUAUCUAAACUUGUUAAACAGCGACUAGAUCUACCAAUUUCACAACGUUUAUUGGAUCAAAAAUUUAAACUAUCUAUUAUCAAACGAUGUUGGGAAGAUCAAUUAAGAUUGAAGCAAGAUGACUUUAUAUCAGAGUGUGAUUUAUAUAUUGCUUGUUUAAUUCUUCAGAAACAAAUCAAACACAUUGAUGGUAAAAAAGAAAACAUUGUUAUACCAAGUAUAAAGAUGAAACAAAUUAGAGAACAGAAUGAAAUGUGUACUCAAGAACAAACAUUAGCUACAAUUCAAUCGAUGACGAAUUCUACAAAUGCUGAUAUGACUACAUCAUCUCCAUCGUCAACAAAUGAAAAUAUAUCUUCACAAUCUUCAGUUUAUUCAACAACAUCUGCUAGUGAAAAUGAUAUAAUACCAAACAAAUCAGUACCUUCAGCUAACACUGAACAGGAUCAGUCAGUGAAUUCAACAUCAUCAAAUCCAUGUGUUCUUUGUUUAACAAAAGAGAAAAGAUUAGCCUGUAUACCUUGUGGUCAUUUAGGAAUAUGCGUACCAUGUGGUUAUUCAUUACGGGAUUGUGAUAUUCUAGUAGCAAGUAUUAUCUUACAAAAACAGAUUACAUAUAUUGGUGAAAACGAAGAAAAUAUUAUUAUUCCAAGUAUAGAAAUGAACAAAAUUUCUCAAGAAUUAUCAGAGACUCGUCGUCAAACAACAUUGCUUACAGAAUCCUCCAAUAAUAUUAAUGUUAAAAAAUCAACCUCAUCACGUUUUACUGAAAAUAAACUGAAUGUAUCAAAUCAAAAAACCGAUCUGUCAUCAUUACAUCCUUGUAUUUUAUGUAAUAUGGAAACAAAAUGUCUUGCUUGUAUACCGUGUGGUCAUUUAGUUGUAUGUACUCCUUGUGGUCAAUCUCUCCAAUUGUGUUCAAUAAAUCCAAGUGAUAUAAAAGCUUUUGUACCAAUACAUUUAUCACCAUAA